AUGACCGAGAAUGCUACACUUCCAUUGAACGGCAAUAUGGGAGCCCCAAUUCCCGUUUCACGUCGUAUGGUCGACUUCCACCCUGAAAAUACUGUCAAAGUCCUCCCAAUUCAUCACAAAAGCACGAACGGAAGUGUUCUCGACGACAGCUCCGACAGCGCCUCCUCCGCCUCCACAGAAUCACACGAAGCGAACGGUAUGGAGACACGAAAGCGCCCGAUAAUGGCUCGCAAGGCCUCUUCACCAAUGGCACCUGCCUUUAUGGUGUCUGCGCCGGGCAAGGUCAUCGUCUUUGGUGAGCAUGCGGUGGUCCACGGCAAGGCUGCCAUGGCCGCAGCCAUCUCUCUUCGCUCCUACCUUCUUGUCACCACCCUCUCCAAGUCACAACGAACGAUAACAUUGAAUUUCCGGGACUUGGGUCUCAGUCACACUUGGAACAUCGACACCUUACCUUGGGAUAAGUUCCACGAACCCUCAAAAAAGAAGUUUUACUACAGCCUGGUCACCGAGCUCGACCCUGAACUCGUCGAGGCAAUCGAACCACACCUUCAGGAUGUCUCCAAGGGUCUCCCAGAGGAGCAGCGCAACAUCCACAUCCGCUCCGCAUCCUCUUUCCUAUACCUUUUCCUCUCCCUGGGCUCCCCGCAAAGCCCAGGCGCCAUCUACACCCUCCGAUCAACCAUCCCCACCGGAGCCGGUCUAGGCAGCAGCGCCAGUGUCUGCGUCUGUCUCAGUGCCGCUCUGCUUCUUCAAAUUCGUACCCUCGCCGGGCCCCACCCCGAUCAGCCGCCGGAGGAAGCAGAAACACAAAUCGAGCGCAUCAACCGCUGGGCGUUUGUUGGAGAGCUCUGCAUCCAUGGAAACCCGAGUGGCGUGGAUAACACGGUGGCCGCAGGCGGCAAGGCCGUGAUUUUCCGUCGCGACGAUUAUUCAAAGCCUCCAACAGUUGUCUCGCUGCCCACUUUCCCCGAACUCCCCCUCCUUCUCGUCAACACCCGCCAAUCGCGCUCUACAAAGACCGAAGUCGACAAAGUCGCAGCUCUCAGAGAAGCUCACCCCGUCGUGACAGAGUCUAUUCUCAACGGCAUCGAUCAAGUGACAUGCUCUGCACAACGCUUGAUCACGGACCCUAGCUUCGAGGGCGUCACAGAGAGCACCCUCGCUCACUUUGGAACCCUGAUCCGCAUUAACCACGGCUUCCUGGUUUCUCUGGGUGUUUCGCACCCCCGCCUCGAACGCAUCCGGGAACUGGUCGAUUACGCCGACAUCGGCUGGACUAAGCUGACCGGUGCAGGUGGGGGUGGGUGUGCAAUCACCCUGCUUCGCCCCAAUGCGAAGCCGGAAGUCAGGCAGGAGCUGGAAGACAAGUUCGACGAGGAAGGGUUCGCUACGUACGAGGUUACCCUUGGCGGUGACGGUGUCGGUGUUCUGUACCCGGCUGUGCUACGCAACGGCUCGGACGAACAGGGCGGCGAAGAAAUCGAUCAACAGAAGUUUGAAAAUGCUGAGGGUCCGGAGGGCAUUGAGCGUCUCGUCGGUGUCGGGGUUGAAGAGAAGAGGGAGAACUGGAAGUUCUGGAGGCGCGCUACCCCUCCAGCUUAA